UUGAUUUAUAGUUUGUAUUGGACCGAAGGGCAGAUGAACAGUGACCAUAUGUUCAGCGCACAUCCAGACCAGCAGGUGGCGCUCAUUAUCAACAAGCUACAGCAGAAUCAACGCAGACAAUGUUGAAGUAAGAGGUGGAUAGACUCUUCAGUGGCAUUUCAUCAACGCACAAUGUCUAAACUGCAGGUUUUAAGUCUUUUUCUCACAGAAAGAUUAACAUUAGCUGCGCAGGAGAUAUUUAAGGCUGUGGAAGACGUAUUUUCAGAGUAUAAUGAGGAGAUUUGUCGCUCCAGACUGGAGAUUGAGCUGCUCAAGAGGAGACUGCAGCAGACAGGAGUUCAGAUGGAGUCUGUAACGCAGCUUUGCGCCUCUGAGACUCAAGGACAGAAAUACAACCAGACAUUUUCAGAGGAAUGGAAAUCUGACCAUGACUUGAAAGAUACAGCAAUGCAUAUGAUCCUAGAUAUUUGUACAAAGGAGGAGGAGAAUGAAGAGGACAUGUCUGUGUGCGGUGAAUCAGCAUCUUUAUCACCAUGUGUGGAAAUUUAUCAUGAUCAGACGCCCAGCAAAGACACUGAAACCCAAGUGAUGGACAGUAGUGAGAAUAAUUGUCACUUUAUUGAACAAGCAGCUCGGAUUAAGAAUGAGCCAGAAACAUACAUCACCUGUCAAAUUCAGCAUAACAUCACAAAUCAUGGCUCAGAUGAUUCAGGCGUCAGUGAUGUUUCCACUGACAUCAACAAAGUCAAAGUUAGCCACAUAGGCUCACCCAGACAUGAGACACAAACAUUUAAUGUAAGUCUAAAUCAAGAGAUUUUGUCGCAGCAUCGGAGGGAGCUGGCCCAGAUAAGAGAGAGAAUGUCUUUGAAAAUCCUGCCCUGUGACUCUGACUGUAAAAUUAAGAAAAGUGAACCGACUGUCUGUCAGGAUGAAGUGUCAAAAUCUGGCAAGCAGAAACCCGACAAUGCAAGAUAUAGUCAGGCCUGGAGGGAACGUCUGGAAAAAAACCCUGAAAAAUUUGUUGAGUUCAGGGCUUUUGAAGCUGAAAGAGAGUAUAGAAGAAAGAGGACUGCUACUUCUGUAGAAAUCGAUAAGAAUAAUAAUCGUGAGAGACAGAGAAGAUUCAGAACCAAUAAGAAGUUACAACAUCAUUGUAAAGCUGAUGAUAACCCUCAGCCACCUAAAAAAACGAAAGUCUUAACAGAAGAAGAGAGGAUGAAGAAACGAGAGUAUGAUAGGAUAAAGAAAAGAGAAGAGCGAGAGAGGAUGGGAGACGAGAAGAAAAGACAAAUUCGUGAAAGAGAUGCAUCGCAAAAGAGGGAAAAAAGAAACAAGACAAAAUUUCUUACCGGCGCUCCACAUACAAAUUUUGGCUCUAAAUUGUACAGCUGGAACUAAAUCUGCAAAACGGAUGGCAGUGUUACAGAUGAGAGAAAAAAAUCUGGCUGAUGCAGAAAAGUUGGACGUUGUAACAGACUUCAUCCAUUGUUGUACUCCACAUUAACAAGCAACUUUAGAAGCUAGUGGUCUGGAAAAAGCUAGACGGUGAAUAGAUUUUGAUGGUCCACUUCUAAAAGAACUUCAAUCCACUUUUGAAGCUCUAUAGAAGGAAACUGGAUCCUUAGAGAAGCAGCGCCUGAUUGCCACUAGUUUAUUGGUUGCCAAAAAGUACAGAAUGCAACACAUUUAAGCAAAGACGCUUUAAUCUUCUUCCAAGCACAUCUCACUAAAUUAUCAAAGUCCUCAUCCAGUGAAAGUUUAUGUAAAAAACGAAGGUCUGAUGUCACUUGCAUGGAUGUUGUGAACAAUUUAGUUGCUUCCUAAUGAAUCCUAAGGUAUCACAAGAACUUCCUUACUGAGGACUGUAAAGAAACAGUAACAAAGAUUCCUCAUGAAGAUCUCUCUACAUAAGGCCUAUGAAGUCGCUUAGGACGCUUGAUGUAGGCGGCAGUACCGACAGUGUUUACAAAUGUGGAGAAAGAGGACUGUUCAAAAGUUGUUGUAUGUUCAAUGACACAUAUUCAAAUUUUUAAAAGAAACGACAUUUGACUUAGUCUUUGCACGUUUGACUUGUAAACAGAGUCAGUACUUCCGCCUACAUCAAGGGUGACCUUUUCAAUGUAAUAACGUAUUAUGUGAAGUCAUGGACACGCAUCGCAGAGCAGUGCAAGGCAGACAUUUCUGUUUAUAAAGCAUAUAAUUAAUUUAUUUAAUUUUUUUAGAAAAUGACAGAUCGUUUCACUAAAUAAAACCCUUAUUCCUCGUCUGGUAUCAUGUAGAGCCCUUUGAAGCUGCACUGAAACUGUAAUCUUGACUUUCAACCGUUUGCUAGCCGUUGAAGUACACUAUAAGGAGAAUAAUCCAGAAUUGUUUUCAUCAAAAACCAUAAUUUAUUUUCGACUGAAGAAAGAAAGAUGUAAACAUC